AUGGCUGGGGGAGUUGGUGCCGGUUCUUCUACGCCUUCUCAGGGCAAGGCGCGUGGCAAGGCAGUGGCUACCGGGAAGGAGUUCUUCCGGGUUGCCCUUGUGGGUAUUGACCCCCUGGAGGACGAGGUGUUCCACUUCGGCGGCUUGCCAAAAUUUACUUUUUACUGGUGUCCCGAACCGUCUAGGUUUCACGGUUUGGGUAACCUGAAGGUGACGGCCUCGGAGGCAGCUGCCAUUGAAAACCUUGCUGCGCUCCCUCGCCCGUUGGAUUGCAAGCUCAUUCUAUCGCUUGCGAAUUCGCCCUACAGGGAGAGGGGCCUAGAGAGCAUUAUGGGGAAGAACUUGUGGCGCGAGCUUAAGCACCGCUACAACGCUACUGAGCUCGAGGUUCUCGAGCCUCCGGAGGAGGAUGUUGCCCCCUCUGAAGGUGCCGAGGAGGUGACCUCCAAGGCCAUUGAUGCUGAUGCGGCGGAUCUCACUGAGAGUCCACCGUCUAAAGAGGCUCCCCCAGUGGGGACUGGGGAGGCGGCCCAGGCUGCUGAGCCUACCACGCGGGUCACCGAUGCCGGGGUGGCCGUCACUGAGGCAGGAAAUGCUUCCGGGAUGGCGACCUCCAGCGCUGGGCCAGUCGCUCUCGCCGUCGAAGAAGUGGCCCCAGCCACCGAGCGGGCCUCCCAUGUUGUUGCGGCGAGGUCGGAGGUUCCCAUUGUGGCCUCCCUGGAUGCCGAGCAGGGGACGCCGGUUUCCGCCUUCGUUGAGGCUCGCGGAGGGGGCCCGAGUUGUGAGGCUCCCCCGUCCACUGCUGCAGCCUCGGCGCCGCCUUCGGGCUCAUCACAAGGGGCUUCCCGGAGCCGAUACUUGCCUUUCGAAAGUGCGGUUGGACCACGGGGCGACCUUGCGAGGGCGCAGAAGUCUCUCGAGAUCGCCUUGCGGUCUAACGAGACUUAUGCAUCUCAGGUGGGGGAGCUGCAGGAGCUCUUCGCCUUCUCUCGAGGCCGUGCUCGAUCCUUAGAAGAUGAGGUAACGUCUUCUCGUGGCCAGGUGCGGGCUCUAGAAGAUGUUGUGACCUCCCUCAAAGGGGAGUUGGCGGCAGCGGCUGGGGAGCGCCUUCGCAACGAGGUCGUUCUUGGUGGCCGGGAAGACGAGAUCGCCUCCUUGAGGGCGGAGCUGGCGGAACUGACGGCGGAGAAAGCGGCCGUGGAGGGGAGGCUCGCAGAGGUCGAGCGCUCCGUGGUGGUGGAGCAUAAAAGGGGCUUUCAGAAGGCCGCUCGCCAGGCACGGCUCCUCGCUCCCGGGUUUGAUUUUUCCUCCAUGCAUGUGGAGAAAGUCAUCCGCUUUGGCAAGCUUGUCAAGGAAGACGACGUCGAGGACAGCUCCAGCGAGGACGCCUGUGCGUAG